AUGACCAUUGAGGCAGAAUCUAUGGGUGCCCCUGUGGCGAGUGGUGUGCAGACAAUUGGGAUUUCAAAUUUGCCCAACCAGAGAUACAAGAUCGUUAGUGAAAGAGGUGGAUCUUUCACGAUGAUGGUAUGUGGUGAAAGUGGUCUCGGUAAGACCACUUUUAUCAAUACAUUGUUUCAAACGACCUUGAAACAUUCUGAUUUUCAGCAACGUCGUCAUCUUCCUAUCAAGAGAACUGUCGAAAUCGACAUCAUUCGUGCGCUUCUCGAGGAAAAGAACUUCAAUCUACGCGUUAAUGUGAUUGACACGCCAGGGUUCGGUGAUAACGUUAAUAACAAUAAAUCGUGGCAAUCAAUUAUUGAUUUCAUCGACGAUCAACACGAUAGUUUCAUGCGUCAAGAGCAGCAACCAUACCGUGAUGUGAAGUUUGAUCUUAGGGUGCACGCCGUGUUAUAUUUCAUUAGACCUACGGGCCACGGUUUGAAACCCUUGGAUAUUGAAACUAUGAAACGUAUCUCAACGAGGGCUAAUCUGAUCCCAGUGAUCGCCAAAUCGGAUACUUUAACCGCACAGGAACUGACUGCGUUCAAAUUGAGAAUCAGGCAAGUUAUAGAAGCUCAAGAGAUUCGGAUUUUCACUCCGCCGCUCGAGAGAGAAAGAGAAUCUGAUCUAAACUCGAAUCAGGAUCUUGCUGCAAUGGAACACGCAAGGCAAUUGAUCGAAUCAAUGCCAUUCGCUAUAAUUGGUUCUGAGAAAAAAUUUGACAAUGGUCAAGGUAAACAAGUGAUCGGAAGGAGGUACCCAUGGGGUGUGGUCGAGAUUGAGAAUGACAACCAUUGCGAUUUCCGUAAGCUAAGAAGCUUGCUAUUGAGAACCAACCUGCUAGAUUUAAUCUUGACCACCCAAGAAUUGCAUUACGAGACUUACAGAAGGUUGAGAUUGGAAGGUAAUUCAUCGGGCACCGAGGAAUCAAAUUCAUCCUCUACAGUUCCAUUAAGAGCUCCCGCUAGAAAAUUGUCACACAAUCCAAAAUACAAAGAGGAAGAGAAUGCUUUGAAGAAAUAUUUCACAGAUCAAGUUAAGGCCGAAGAACAAAGAUUCAGACAAUGGGAACAAAAUAUCGUUAAUGAAAGAAUUAGAUUAAAUGGUGAUCUGGAAGAGAUACAGAAUAAGGUUAAGAGACUUGACGAACAAGUUAAAAGUUUACAAUUGAAGAAACGCUAA